CCUGAUCUUCUCCCUUUGCCAUACGCGUCUUCACAAUUUUCAGAUCUGAAAAUUUGCCCCUCUCUCUCUCCAAAAUCGCCCUUUAAUCCCCGAGCAAAAUCCGAUCGACCUUUCAUGUCCGGCAAGCCACCCGCCGCAAGAGCAGCCCAUCGCGCGCAAGCCCCGUCGCAAGCCAUCGUCGCAGCAACGUCCGCCCACCGCCGACGACUAGCCGCCGCCGCACGCAGCCCUGCGAGCGAACAUCCACAAGUCCCACGCCCCGCCGGGUCUCGAACCAGCGAGGCCCUAUCUGUAUCUGUUCGGCCACCAAGACCCGCGGCAUUGCACUGGGCUGAGACGAGCCGUCCGAAGUCUGCCCGAAACCGCGCGCGAACAGACAAAGUUCCACGCGUACACGUCGCGACUGAGGCUCCAAAUUUCAGAUCCGACCCUCCUCGCGUCCUCAAAAUUGGUGGACCAUUGAUUCCACACAUCCACGUGGAUGCUUGUGUUUGUACGUCAAUCAACGGUGAAAAGUGGGGCGCCAAGAUCGAAUCCGUAGAAGAAAAGUUUAUCUCGCACGAGCAAUUAAUAAAAUAAAUUGCAGGUUAUAAAAACAUAACGACCACCGAAUCGAGACUCGUGGGAACACAUACAUAGAUAGAGGUUUCUAUAAUUACUGUUGAAUACAUAAUGGCGAAACUCGAACAGCUCAAUGCAGAGCAAGGCCCGACAAGAAAGCAACAAAUCAAGAUGAAAACAACAGUCACGAAGAAUCGCGGAUCGUCAUCAAUUUUCGUCUUUGUAGAUUACCUUUUCUUAGUCAUCUUCUUCGGUUUCCUUGGUUUCAUUCUCUUCAAAUUGGUCGGGUUCUGAUUUUGUCAGCGAAAGAAUUAUUUUGCUAUGGCUCCAUAUCUCCAUGAAUACCUCCAGAAUAGGACCUACGAAUGUUAGAAGCACGUGUCAAAGCGGGAACCAAAGAAUGGGAGCUUGGAGUCUUCAAUGCGAAAUUGCAUUGCAUGACAAAAAGAAAACAACAAAAAAAAAGUUAUCUUGCUUUAGCUUGUGAAAAGUUGGAUUUCGGUUGAUGAGCCAGUUUAUCCAUGCUAUUGUAAAGCAUAAUUCUGUACGUGAUUUGGAUCCUUUCAGCUUGGAUCAUGUUUGAAAUGCUUACUUUCACCAGCGGAUGAAUGAUUUUUAUUAUUUGAAUGGAUUUUUUUAGUUGAUCAAUGAAUUAUUUUUAUUGGUUGAAUGUAUUUCUUUACUUCAUCAAUGAAAUAUUUUUUUACUUGAAAUAUUUCUUCAGUUUAUCAUAGAAUGUUAGAAUAUCCUGCAUUUAUAGUUCCCCUAGAUCUACUAAAAUUGCUUGUGUCCUGAUGGCUCACAA